CAGUAUCAACAGAAAAGUCGGGGGCCGUGAAUGACGCGUGGUGUGCUCGCUCCAUUUGGGCUAUAUUUCGAAACUUUCGAAGAAAACCUAUCCACUUUAUCGGCUUUUUACACGUAUUUUCUCGGGAAUCGCUCGCGAUCAUAGCGAAAUACGUGAAUCAGUCCGCCAAUGAUGUCACAAACAGAAAGCAGCAUGGAGCAGCAGCCGCGGGAAGAACCUAACCAACUCGACCCGGCCGGUCCGGCAGAGGAUGAUACAUCAGAAAAUGGACGCGAUGAAGCAUCGGACACCGCGAUGGAUAGUGAAGCGCAGUCGUCUUCACCUCCUUCGGAGAAGGAAAAGGAGGACCAACCGGGUGGAUAUGAAGAAAAAGUGCUAACGGACCGGACCAACAGAUUUGAGUACCUCCUGAAGCAGACCGAAGUGUUUGCUCAUUUCAUCCAACCAGCUGCCCAGAAGACCCCAACCUCACCUCUGAAGAUGAAGCCAGGACGCCCUCGCAUUAAAAAAGACGAGAAGCAGAACCUUCUUUCGGUCGGAGAUAACCGUCACCGUCGCACUGAGCAGGAGGAAGAUGAGGAGCUGCUCAGCGAGAGCAGCAAAACCACCAGUGUAUGCACGCGUUUUGACGAUUCGCCUUCCUAUGUCAAAAAUGGCAAAAUGAGGGACUACCAGGUCCGUGGAUUGAACUGGCUCAUUUCACUCUAUGAGAAUGGAAUCAAUGGAAUCCUUGCUGAUGAAAUGGGUCUUGGUAAAACUCUUCAGACCAUCUCUCUGCUGGGCUACAUGAAGCACUAUAGAAACAUUCCUGGACCUCACAUGGUUCUGGUGCCCAAGUCCACACUCUAUAACUGGAUGAAUGAGUUCAAACGCUGGGUUCCCUCUUUACGAGCAGUCUGCCUCAUAGGUGACCGGGAUCAAAGGAACGCAUUUAUCCGUGACACACUGCUGCCAGGUGAAUGGGACGUGUGCGUUACCUCCUACGAGAUGCUAAUUAUCGAGAAGGCCGUCUUCAAGAAGUUCAACUGGAGAUAUCUGGUCAUUGAUGAGGCCCACCGUAUCAAGAAUGAGAAAUCAAAGCUUUCAGAGAUUGUGCGAGAGUUCAAGACGACGAAUCGAUUGCUACUGACUGGAACGCCUCUGCAGAACAACCUUCACGAGCUGUGGGCGCUGCUCAAUUUCCUGCUGCCAGAUGUCUUUAACUCUUCAGAGGAUUUCGAUUCCUGGUUCGACACCAAUAACUGUCUGGGAGACACAAAGUUGGUGGAACGUCUUCAUACUGUGCUGCGUCCAUUCUUGCUGAGACGUAUCAAAGCUGACGUGGAGAAAUCUCUCCUCCCCAAAAAGGAAAUCAAGAUGUAUAUUGGGCUUAGCAAGAUGCAGAGAGAAUGGUACACAAAGAUUUUGAUGAAGGAUAUUGACAUUCUGAACUCAGCUGGUAAGAUGGACAAAAUGCGCCUGCUGAAUGUGCUGAUGCAGCUGAGGAAAUGCUGUAACCACCCGUAUCUGUUUGAUGGAGCGGAGCCCGGCCCGCCCUACACCACUGACCUCCACCUGGUGGUCAACAGCGGCAAGAUGGCUGUCCUGGACAAGCUGCUGCCCAAGCUAAAUGAGCAGGGCUCCCGUGUCUUGAUCUUCAGUCAGAUGACCAGGGUGCUGGACAUUCUGGAGGAUUACUGUAUGUGGCGUAACUAUGGUUACUGUCGUCUGGACGGACAGACGCCGCAUGAGGAGCGACAGGUCUCUAUCAAUGCCUUCAAUGAGCCCAACAGCUCCAAGUUUCUAUUUAUGUUGAGCACCAGAGCUGGAGGACUCGGUAUUAACCUGGCCACCGCUGAUGUCGUCAUCAUCUACGACUCAGACUGGAAUCCUCAAGUGGAUCUUCAAGCAAUGGAUCGUGCUCACAGGAUUGGUCAAAAGAAACAGGUGCGCGUGUUUCGGUUCAUUACAGAAAAUACAGUGGAGGAAAGAAUUGUGGAACGUGCUGAAAUGAAGCUUCGCUUGGACUCUAUCGUCAUUCAACAAGGCAGACUGGUAGAUCCAAACAUGAACAAACUGGGCAAAGACGAAAUGCUGUCUAUCAUUCGCCACGGUGCCACUCACGUCUUUGCCUCAAAGGAGAGCGAGAUCACCGAUGAAGACAUUGACGCCAUCUUAGAGAGGGGAGAAAAGAAGACCAUGGAGAUGAAGGAGAAGCUGGCCAAUCUUGGAGAAAGCACUCUGAGGAACUUCACCAUGGACACGGAGAACAGCGUGUACAACUUUGAGGGUGAAGAUUACAGAGAAAAGAAAAAGGUCGUCACUAACUGGAUUGAACCACCCAAGAGAGAGCGCAAGGCAAACUACGCUGUAGACGCUUAUUUCAGAGAGGCCUUGCGCGUCAGCGAACCCAAAGCACCAAAGGCUCCUCGUCCUCCUAAACAACCUAAUGUUCAAGACUUCCAGUUCUUUCCUCCUCGGCUCUUUGAGCUGCUAGAGAAGGAGAUCUUGUAUUACAGGAAGACUAUCGGUUACAAGGUGCCAAGAAGCCCUGAUCUGCCCAAUUCGGCCCAAGCGCAGAAAGAGGAACAGGCCAAGAUUGAUGAAGCAGAACCACUUAAUGAAGAGGAGCUAGAGGAGAAGGAAAACCUCCUCUCACAGGGCUUCACUAUCUGGACCAAACGUGACUUCAACCAGUUCAUCAAGGCAAAUGAGAAGUGGGGAAGAGAUGACAUCGAGAACAUUGCUCGUGAGGUCGAGGGCAAAACCCCAGAGGAGGUCAUGGAAUAUUCCGCUGUGUUCUGGGAGCGCUGCAAUGAACUGCAGGACAUUGAGAAGAUCAUGGCUCAGAUCGAGAGAGGAGAAGCCAGAAUCCAGAGGAGGAUCAGCAUCAAGAAAGCACUUGACUCCAAAAUUGGCCGUUAUAAGGCACCAUUUCAUCAGCUCAGGAUCUCCUAUGGUACCAACAAGGGGAAGAACUACACAGAAGAGGAGGAUCGAUUUCUCAUCUGCAUGCUGCACAAACUGGGAUUUGACAAGGAGAGCGUAUAUGAUGAGCUGCGCCAGUGCAUACGCAACUCUCCCCAGUUCCGAUUUGAUUGGUUCCUCAAGUCCCGCACUGCCAUGGAGCUUCAGAGAAGGUGUAACACACUCAUCACGCUCAUUGAACGUGAGAACAUGGAGCUAGAAGAGAGAGAGAAGGCAGAGAAGAAAAAGAGGGGUCCUCGCACAUCUUCGGCCCAGAAACGCAAACAGGAAGGGACCCCUGAUGGACGUGGACGCCGGAAAAAGCUCAAACUGUGAGCCGAUGUCAAACCUUUGUUGUCAAGGACCUUCAGUACAGCAAUACUUGCAUUUGUUGUUACGGGUCCCACUCAUGUACUGUAUGAUUUUGCAGUGCUGAACCUCACCUCCAAGUAGCUUGACCUUUUUUGUAGAGAGAGAGAGAGAGUGGCAUAGUUGUAAAUUAGAUUUUUUUUUUUUCUUUUUCUAAAUGUACUACGGCUGUGCUGUCAAAGUUUUUUUUUAUUUAUACCUGUUUUUUUUAUCCACAUUCCAUUUGCUCGUAACAGUAUAAUUUGCAGUCUUCCCCUCCUUUUAGAGUCUUCAGUGUUGUCGAUGUACCUUUAUUAUAAUAGUCAAUUGGAACAUGUGACUAAUAAAUGUCAAGUUUUUUUUAAAUCACUGCUCUGUAUUUUUUCU